AUGGCUCAGCCCCAGUCGCAGGUGCCGGCGCGGGCCUAUUCGCCGCCGCAGCCCACUCCUUCGCCAGCGGGCUCCCAGUCUGCCUAUGCGGUUCCGCCCAACAAACGAGUCGGGGCGGCUUCACAACCGGGCUCGCCGUAUCCAGCAUCGCCGUUUGCUGCAAGCCCAGGUCCGUCUGGCAGUCCGACCCUCGCAGCUGGCUCACCCACCUUCGCGCAAACGCCUCCGAUACAGGGCUACAACACUCCUUAUGCAAACGGCCAAGCGACACCCGUUUAUAACGUUGCCGAAGCUCGGGCUGCAGCAGCUGCAGCAGCUGCGGCGGCUGCGACGGCUUCUCCUAUGCAACAACACCAACAGCUUUCAGGGAUGACGCCGUACACGAAUGCAACACUCACGCCUGCUAUGCACCAAGGGCAGCAUCAAAUGCAACAGAACGUCAUGGGACCGCCUCAGCGACCCGCGGAGCGACCGACGAAAGACUACGAAUACGAGGUUACAGAUUCGCUUGCUGGAACGGGAAUCGACUUGCGCGCCGAAGAACAGUACAUGUCUGAAUUGUACUCCAAUGCGCUGGAUGGAAAUCAAGAUGCUCGCACCGGAUUCGCUGUGCAAUUACCGACUGGUGCAAGCUCGUUCUAUGGUGCAGGCCCUGCAAGCCAGCCUGCAGAGAUGAUCAAUGGCCAGUCUCAGAAACAGUAUGAGGCUCAGGCCGCAGAGCGGGCCUGGACGGAAUCCGCCAUGAGAUUAGCGGCUUCAAGAACGCAGGAGAUUGCGAAUCCUUUUUUGCUCGUGGCGAUGAUGCAUCGGCGAGCGGACAAGAUUGCGCGCGAGCAUCAUAUUGGUCUCAAUCUCGAGCUUCGCAACAAUGCUUAUGCGCCUGGAAAACUGCGCUAUCCCGAGCAAUUCCCUUCCCCGUCAGUGACUGUGAAGACCCAGCCGGGGCCCGACUCGACAACGGUCAGCACCACUGGAUCUUUCAUACCCCACGACGCAUACUUGGUUGAUCAACUUGCGCUGUUGUCAUUGAGUAGUAAGCAACGAGUUCGAGAAAUGAUUGAGGACGCCCACGCGAUCGCGCUCAACCGACAAAAGACAUCACAUGGUGAUGUGCCGGAAGAAUGGGUACCCGCUGCAGCGCCCAUGAACAAGGAGGUGCUCGAGCUUGUAGGCGCGCCGAACGAAGAGGGCAGGUCCGAGACUGGUGACGGCUCUCUGAAGCGGACUUCGGAUCAGGCGAACGGUGAAUUAAACCCGAAACCUGCCAAAUUGCCGAAGAUUGCCUCAUACAUGGCGCUCACCAUGCGGGAUCUGGCCCGACAGGAGCGGGAGUGGGAAGAAGCCCGUCUACGGAGACGCCAGAAGAGAAAAGACGGCACAAUCGACACGGCCGCGGCUGGCUCGAGAUCGGGCAGCGUUGCGCCUGGAACACCCGGAGCAGUUGCGCCAGAGUCGGACAAGGCGAUGACGAAGAAGGAACAAAAGAAGAACCAAGCACUCAAGGCUGCCGAGGCCAACAGUCAUGCAAACCAAAACAUGACGAGUAGCAUGUUUGCGGGUCUAGGAGGCAAAAGUGGGUUAUUUGGCAAGAGCAAACGCAAAACUUAUGACUGGAUGAAUGUCGGCCGAGGAGGCAGCGGAGCGAGCACACCUACAAAAACCCUGGGUGAUGGCGGCAAGGCAGCGAAUGGCAUGGCGCAGACAGUGGCAGGUAAUAUGGCCCUGACGACGGAAGGUCGAAACCGUCUAGGGACCUGGCGUGAAGACAAGGAAAAGGGGAAGAACAUUCAGCUACGCGAUUGGAUCACAGUUCUGGAGCGGGAUGGGCGAGAAGCGCACUUGCUCCAGCAGGCAUAUCUGCAAUUGGAUUCAUCCAACCCCAAAUAA